AUUUUAAUUUUAAAUUUUUAAAUUUAAAUUUUUUUUAAAAAAAAAAAAAUUUCGAAAUUCCGAGGGAAUGGAGUUCCUCGGAAAAUUCCGAGGAACUUUCUUCCCUCGGAAAAUUCCGAGGAACAUAUUUCCCUCGGAACUUUCCGAUAAACAUUCCGAGGAAUGUUUUGUCGAAACUUCCGAGGAUUUGACCAUCGGAAUUCCAUCGGUAUAUUCCGAGGAAGCUUCCGACGAACAUAUGUUUCUCGGAGUUUCCUCGGAAUUUUGUUUCCUCGGAAUUCCGUCGGAAAUUUCCGACGGAAUUCCGAGGAAGUAUGAAUUUCCGAGGAGAUAUUUCCGAGGACUUUUUUCGUCGGUAUGUCGUCGGAAUAGCGUUAUUCCGACGACAUACCGACGAUUUUUUCCCUCAGUAUCCCGAUGUUUUCUUGUAGUGAAGGUUUCAUUUUUGUGUUGAAAAAUGAAACUUGUGCUUCUCAUUAUGUUUCUAUAAAAGGGCUUGGUAGCAUUAUAGAAAAUAGACACUCAACAAUAACAAAUCACUUUCUCCCACUUAGAAUAGUUAUGCUAGUAUUUUUUUUUUUUUUGAGUUUGAAAGUACAUCACAAAAUUAGGUUCGAUAGAUUCUAUUUUUUGGUGAUGGUAAACAGAAACAAUGAUGCAGUUGCAUCCUGGAAAUCUAAGUGCUAUGAAACCGUCACACUACGGGGCGUUUAAAGAAUUAAGGAAAGAGAUUAACCAUCUCGACUAUGCUCUUCUUUAUUCGUUUGUUUCGUUAUUGUAAAUUUUGACUUAUGUUCUUAUUAUUUUUACAAAUAUCAGUUAUCCCUAUUGUAGUAAAAUAAGAUUCCUACAGAUUCUCCCCUGCAGGAACGCAGCUCCUUCUCUGCUGACCUCAAACUCUUUGUCGGUAACCUUUCCUUUAAUGUUGAUAGCGCUCAGCUUGCUCAGCUGUUCGAGAGUGCUAGAAAUGUUGAGAUGGUUGAGGUAACAUCAUUAUUCUCUAUUGCCUAAUGAGAAUAGAUAGUGCUCAUAACUUCUUGAAAUCUAUUUAAACCUUUCUUGAUUCAUUGAACAUAAUGUUGUGUGGCUCUUUAUGUUUCUAUGUAGCACUGAGCUUAUGAUAUAUGAUUCUUUUCAUUUCAUAGGUUAUCUAUGACAAAACAACUGGUUGAAGCAGAGCUUUCGGUUUUGUGACAAUGUCCAACUGUAGCCGAAGUUGAGGCAGCAGUUCAAUGGCUAUGUAAGGAGAUUUUUGUUCAUGGAAUUUUUUUUUGUUGUUUCUUCUCCUUGGCUUGUGUGUAAUGUUAUUCAUGAACGUUACAGGAGUUUGAAGGCAGACCCUUACGCUGGUCCUCCUCCACCUAAGAGGGAGGAAUCUUUCUCCAGAGGACCAAGAAGUGGUGGUUACGGUUCAGAGCGUUCCAGUUACGGUUUCUGGACCUUCUGGUUACGGGUCUCAAUGUUCAGGACGUUCUGGUUACGGGUUUGAACGUUCCAGCUACGGUUCUGGGUCAGGUUCAUCAGACCGUAUUUUGGUAACCUUUCAUGGGGUGUGGAUGACACGGCUCUGGAAAGCUUGUUUGGCGAGCAAGGAAAUGUUGUGGAGGCCAGAGUCAUCUAUGACAGCGACACUGGUCGAUCCAAGGGUUUUGGGUUUGUGACACUCGGCUCUCCUCAAGAGGUCACAAAAGCCAUCAACUCUUGAGUGGUGCAGUAAGUAUUAUACUAUUAUCUAUUUAAUGUCUCUUUGAUUAGUAGUACUUAAUUAUAGUGCAAGCAAACACCCUCUGAGCACCUUUUUUUUUUGCAUUCUUUGAAGGAUUUGGAUGGAAGACAAAUUAGAGUCUCGGAAGCUGAGCCUAGGCCACCAAGGCGCCAAUUGUGAGCGACUAUGCAUUUUGCAGAUUUUGGAGGUGUAGAGCAUCUUUACUGACGACAAGUUUUUUUUUUUUGAGCAAACGACAAAGCUAUUUAUGUUUGGGCUUUGUUUCUUUACUUCGCUUUGAACUCGUUUUUGGGCUUUAAAUGUUUUUGCGUUUAUCUUUUGAAGACAAGGUUUUGGACUUUGUUUUCUUGUUUAUUUCUUUCUUUAUAGGUUGGUACAUGCUUGUUAACUUGCUGUCUGUGGACCGUUUAAAAGAGUUUACCGUUUGAAUCCCAAAACGGAAUUUUUUGCUUUGCCAAAAUUUCUUCCGUCAUAUAUCAAACCCGACCAAUCAUGUCAGUGUUUAUCAGAACGAAUAACGUCUCAUUAUUUGUCAUUCUUUUUCAAGUUUAAUGAAUUGGAGAAUACCGAAUCAAUGCCAAUGUAUAGGGUUUAACCAUGAAGGUUGUAAAGGAAUGAUCUGUUCUUAGAACGAUUAGAUUAAAAUAGAGACGCAUGUUUAAUCCUGCGCUUGAUUGCUUCAUUUAAAGGGGAAGAGAACGUGGUUGUUAUGUUUGCUAGACUGCUUAACUUUACGGCUGUUCAUCUUAACCUUAUAUGUACUAACAGAUCGGUGGUGAUAGCAAACUUUGCCACCACUUAACCAAACUUAACCGGUCAAACCAAGUAUCUGAACAUAAUAAUGAAUCACCAAUUAUCCUAAUACUGAUUAAUCCUAAUGCCAAGCCAUGCAUAUAUUGUGCGGAUGUCACAUGACAAAGGGUAUCAUCCACGUACAUUAGUCUUACAAUUUCGAACGAAGAAGUUAAGAAAAAAUGGGACAUAGCAAUAACCGAAAGCAGAGAAGGAACACUGAAGUGAAAUAAUGGAAGAUUAUGUCUCAAAGAUAAUGAACACCAAAAUAAUAAACGUCACUUUGCUCUUUCUCUAUCAUACUUCCACCACUCUUCCUGCCUACAAGUUAGGCCUUUUCUUCUUCUUUUUUCUCUAACUCAUUUCUCUUUUGUCUUCUUCAUAUAUCAAUUCCAUAAACUUGUAUAAUGAACAUACAUUUGUAGGCGUCCCUGAAAUGAUAGGGUCCAUAAACAUUUUAGUAAGGUUUUAACAAAAAAAAAGUUUUUUUAACGAUUCCGGGAGCCUUUUUCAGUGUAAUUUUUUUUAAAAAAAAAUUGUGAGCCCUACUCCUAUGUUUCACUUCGUUAUGUUCAGGACCACCCUGUUUGUAAUAUGCAUUUUUCAAAAAAAAAACAUACAUCUGUAAUAAAGACGUACAUGUUAUAGAGAUAAUAUAUAGUUUAAACUCAUAAGAACUUUAUUGAUUGAUUUCUUGUUUACAUUAUGUCUGCGAUAAAAACGCAGAAUGAAUAUUAUAUAUACAAAUUAAUUUUACAUAUUAUUAUUUAUUUGUGUUCAUUACGUAUUAUAAAAUAAUAAAUAUAUUGAAUAAUUGAGAAGCGGGUAACCAUUAUAUAUAAAAUUAUUAGAGUAAUCACAUAAAUCAAAAUAAUCCUUUUUAUUUACAAUAAUUUAUAUUGGUUAAUAAAUAAAAACAAUCAUUCCAUUUAUUUUACAUGUUAUAUACUUAAUUUAAAUGAUAUCGAUAUAGAUAUAGAGUAUAGUUUAAUAUGGAAAUUGUUUAAUUGAAACUUCCUACUCAUAUAAUUUUAUUAACAUUUGUAUAUUUUUUACCAAAAAAUAAACCAUUAAUCACAAAACUUUCAGUGUGAUAAUAAUUUUAGUAAUUUAUAAUCAUUUUUAAAAAUUUAAGGAAAAUUUCAAUAUUAAAAUAUUUAAGGUCUCAAUACUUUUGCAAUGAAAAUUUUGAAAUUAACAUAUUUAUGUAUUUCUAUAUGGUAUAUAGUUUAAUUUUAAUAAUAUAUAUAUAUAUAUAUAUAUUUAAUUUGAAUAUCUAUUAAAUGAAACUUCUUAUUCGUAUGAUUUUAUGAUAAUUGGUAUCUUGUUAUAAAAAAAGUUAAACCAUUGAUCACAAUUUUUUUAGUGCGAAACUUUUAACAAUAUUAGUAAUUUAAAGUCGUUUUACAAAAAUAAAAUAUAACAUAUAAGAAAAAAAAUUAUUUUUAUCAUAUGAUUUAUGCGAUUGUUUAGUUAAUAUAAAAGUAAAAAAUAAUGAUGAAUGAUACAAAAAAAAUCAUUAAAUCUUUAUUAUUUAAAAUCAUUAAUUAUUAUAUAUAUAUGUUAAUCAUAUUAGGUAAUUAUGUAGCUUUGAUUGAAGGAAAAAAGAAUAAUUUUUGUAUACUACUAAUCAAUUUUAUAUUUAGUUUAAUAAAAAUUAUAAUAAAUAUUUAGAUGGACCAACUAAUUUUUUAAGGAUUUUAAAAAUCAUCCUAGUGAUGACACGUGGCUACAAAUAAAUGUUGUAAUGAUCCUCAAUUAAAAUAUAAGGGAUGUUCUCUUUAUGGAUAAAAUAUAUAUAUAAAUAUGCUCUAUAAAUGUUUUUUUAAUCAAGUUUUGUUUUUAUCUCCUACCCAUUAUUUACCAAGUGAUUUUACAUGUAUCAUCAUUACAAUCACUCUGAGAAAAAAAUGAUGACAUGGCUUUGGCAAAAUGUGACAUGACACUAACCUAACUGUGACAUGCACAAUUUUCCUUUAAAAAAUUUAUAUAUUUUUGGGAAUUUUUUUUAAUAUGUUAAUAAUUAUUAAAUAUAUUUACCACUUAGUUUGUUUUUUACUAAUGUAAUAUAUAUUAAUUUAAUAGUGAUAUAUGAGUUAGAAGUUUUAAUAUAUUUUAAUUUUCUUUCCAAAAAAAAAAAUUAUAUAGAAAAUUAGCAUUAAUGAUGAUAUAAAUAUACAUUUUAUAAAAAUUAAAUUGUAAAUGUGCAUCAACAAAUGCAAAACUAAAGUAACACUAAUCAAAUAUUUUUUUCAUUGAUAAAUCAUUAAAAUUUUAUGUAAAUUUAUCGGUUCAUUAAGUUUAUUAAUUUUCUUAGUUUAACAUAUUUUAACUAGAAGAAAAAAUAUCCAAAAUUUAUUACAAUAUAUUUAUAUAUAUAUAUAAUUAAAUAUAAUAUAAUAUAACUAUAAAGUAUUUUUAUAAGUUAUAGUUUUAACUUUAUUAAAAUUUUAAUAAAAUCAAUUUGAAAUAGUUGAACCAAAUCAUAAGAAAUAAAACUACAAAAAUACGGUUAUGAUUUUUUUUUUCAAACCGUAGAUGCUAAAAUAUAAAAAUAAUUACUAUUGCCAGAAGACAAUACAAAUGUUUCCAAAGCAAGUGAUUUUUUUCUUUCGUUAGUUAUCCACUGCAGGCCGUAUAGAUAAGGCUUUAGGCAUAUAUAUAUAGUAGCGGCCCUGACUGGAAGCGGAGGAAGCUUGAGCUUCCAGCCCUUGCCUUUUAAAGAAAUUUCCGGCCAAAUGUUUGCAAGAAUCCUUAGUUUACUGGCUAAUGUACUUGUUUUGAAAAUGCAAGGUGACGAGUUCCAUUGACUUCAAUACCAUUUUCUUCAUACACGUACUUUUUAAUAUAUCAUUUAAUAACAAUGGAUUAAUUAAUAUUUCUACUUAUGAAUGGGCCUUAUUUUUAUAACUUGCUUCCGGUCUAUAAAUAUUCAAGGUAUAUAUAUCAAUCUAGUAUACUAAUAGAUGUUGAAUAUAUCGAGAGUGAGCUAUAACUAUGUCCUUUUACAAUUUCAUCAUGGUCGACUAUUUUACUCCAUGGGAGUAUUUUUUCUGAAACACUUUUUUUUUUUGAAACACAACCCCAUGGGAGUAUAAUGUAUACAAAUUAGGUUUGAUAGUGGGAAACCCAAGGGAAAUGUAGGGAUGCAAUUAAAAAAACAAUAUAAAAGAUUUAAAUGCGCAUGCAAGCAUGAAGAUACAAAUAUAUACACAUUGGUUUCAAGAGGUAAUUAUUUGUUUACAAUCUCUAAACCUACAACAUUCCUAAUAGGCCGUCACUGGGAGUUUUUUGGAUUGCCAUUUCUUUUAAUUAAUUUGAUUAAUUUUCACACGCCUAAACACGUAUAUAUUAACUAUAUAUCUAUGUCCAGUUAAUUACGAGUAUGGGGGCUACUGUCCAUGUAAGAGGACAAUAUAGUAGCUAGCAUACUGACUAUAACAGCUAUAAAGGUUCAUACUAAACAUAGGUUAGAUGAUUUAAUAACCUGAAUACCUGAUAAAAUGUGGAGCGAACUAUCUAAUAAUCAAAAUUGAUACUGUUCAAAAUAUAUGUUUGUUAAAGCAUUUCUAACUGCAUUUUCCACUUCAAACUUCGUUUUCAUUUCACUUUAUUUUACAAUAAAAUAUAUUCUAACACUACUAUACUUUUAGCUCUAAAUAAUAAUUACAUAAAAACAUUGGAGAUACUACUCUUAACGAACAAAAUAGAAAAAAGAUGAGUACAUGGGGAGGGUGAACGAGAGUUACAAGACGACACUGAUAAAUAAAAGACCAUUACUCGAUCAUUUUGUGUUUCGUAUUUCAAUCAUCAAUGGCACAUUGCUCCACAACCAAGACACCAUCAUCUCUAAUUUCGCAUAUUUUAUAUGCAUAUGUGCAUACGUUACAUGUCGUGUAUCGAUCUCUUGCUUUACUCAUCACUAGUUUGAUCACGUUUUCAUUUUAAUAUUAAAGUUAAAGUAAACCAUCUUUUUGACCCAUCUUACAUGUCCAGAUGUAUGUUGACAAUAAGAAUUUGAUUUUUGUUUUCCUUGUCGAAAACGAAAUUUUUGUUCUGUCUUCUUGUAAAUAUAAUCAAAAAGUGAAAUAGCUUUAUAUCUAAAUCAGUUUCUUUGAUCUAAAAAUGUUUUCUGUCACUUUCCAUUAUUUUGGCACCACAAAUUUAAAGAUUAUUAUGAAAAUAUAAAAAGAAUGCGAAUAAUAUUUCCUUUUCAAGUAUAUGGAGUUUUUAAUUGAAUAAUCAUAUAAUCUGAUUUUGAUAAUGUUUUGGAAAAUAAGAAACAAAUAACGAGAAACGCAAGGGAGGUCCACGCAUGCCAAUAUGAGCUUUAGUCCAAUGGUAAACUCUCUUAAUCGUGGAAUUGUAUAACAAUAACUGAACUGCGAAUUUUUUAAAAAUUUGCGCAUAACUAAAACUGUGGAAUAAUUUUUUUUGUAAGAUUACAUAAAUUUUGCUGCAUAAAGAAAUAAUUGUUAUAUUAAUCAAGAUAUUUGUAUUCUAUUUAACUUAUUAUAAAUCUAACAAAUAUUAAUAUAUAAACUAACUAUUACAAAAUUUUAAAACAAAUUAAAUUAUUAAAAUUAUUCUAAUUUUUAUUAUAAUUAUUUAGCUUAUUUUAAUACAUAAUAAAUUGACAUCUUAUAACAUUAUAAAAUCAAAAACGAUUGUAUAACUUUAUUAAUAACAUAACUAUAUAUUAUUUAAAAAUGUAUUAGUAUUUAUUUAGAAGCUUAAAAUUUUAUUAUCACAUAAUUAAAUAUUAAAAAGAGUUGAUUCUGCAAAUAGUUAUAAGACUCAAUGUUCAUAGACUUGCGCUUUUAUGUUUUGUUUUCUCAUUCCGAAAAAUUUAUUAAUUGGCAAAAUACUUAAAAAUUGCAUUUUAAUCGUGAUUCUGCAAUUCACCUCCCCCCCCCCCCCCCCCCCCCCUCCCUCCCCAAAGAAAAAUAAAAAAAAUACGGAAAAAAUCUGAAGAUUACAUCGAAUAAAUAAACCAAAACACCGGAAAUAUGGAAUUUCUCUUCUGGAGAAAGAACAACAUUGUCAAACGAGAACUAGACAUGGAUCUUUAUCUCUGGAUAAUUUUAUAUAUUUGGAAGAUCCGAAAUGACAAACUCUUUAGGGGUUUGGAUGGAUAGCUUUGGGAAGAUUCAACUUACGGGGACAUGAAAUUACAUUCGACGCGAAUCUGUCUUGCAUUCAGAAGUAGAAGCACUGCGAUGAGCGAUGGAGAAUAUGCUUCAACACUCAACAUGCCAGAGCUUUGAAACAUAUUGUAAGGAGCUGAUCGCUAUGAUUAAAGAGUCACAUGUUUGGCCAAGCUUUGCAACAAAAUUGGAGAGUAUAGAGACUCUGCAGGUAUGUUUCCCAUACUUCAAAAUCACUUAUAUUCUACGAUCGCAAAAUCUGAUUUCUUACUCUUUAGCUAAGACUACGAGGUCUUUCUAUAGAGAGCUUUGUUUUAUUGGUUGUUCGAUUCCGGUAUGCCUUAAGUUUGAGUAAUAGAAUAAUCGUUCGUUGUCAAAGAAAAAUAAACCAAGGCUCUGAAUGGUAACAACGGAUUGAGCGGUGAGUUUUAACAGUUAUAAAAACGUACAUAUAGUAUAUGCAAAGAUUUUUGUUACUGUUAACUGCGUUGCAGUGCGGGGCGGAUUAAAACAUUAGAAGCCCAAAACUCUAAUAAAUAAGCGUGACGAGAAAACGCACUUUGUAUAAAAUAACAAGAGUGGGCAAAGAAACACUAAAAAAUCUUUUGAGUUUUUAACUUCAUACUAUUUAUUAAUGCUUAUUUUUGACACUUGCAUGGUGUGUACCUCUCGUUUAUGUUCUUAGCACACAAGUGAGGUUAUUUAAGAAACCCGAAACUUUUGAUUUCUGUUUUCUUUUGGGGCAAAAGAUUAGAUUAUUCUUAGCUUAGUUCUCUCAUCGUAAUCAAUGGAAGUCAACAACGAUACUAUGCAAAAGUCAAAGUUUGGAAGAAUCUGUGUGUUUUGUGGAAGCAGCCAAGGCAAGAAGGGUAGCUACCAAGAUGCUGCUGUGGAUCUAGGCAACGAAUUGGUUUCAAGGAACAUUGAUCUAGUCUAUGGAGGUGGAAGCAUAGGUUUGAUGGGUAUUGUUUCACAAGUUGUUCAUGAUGGUGGUCGUCAUGUUAUUGGAGUUAUUCCCAAGACACUCAUGCCUAGAGAGUUGACGGGUGAAACAGUAGGAGAAGUAAGAGCAGUUGCAGAUAUGCAUCAAAGAAAAGCAGAGAUGGCUAGACACUCUGAUGCUUUUAUUGCCUUACCAGGUGGAUAUGGAACACUUGAAGAACUGUUGGAGGUCAUAACAUGGGCUCAACUUGGGAUACAUGACAAACCGGUGGGUUUGCUUAAUGUUGAUGGAUACUACAGCUCUUUGCUCUCCUUCAUUGAUAAAGCUGUUGAAGAAGGAUUCAUCAGUCCAAACGCACGCCAGAUCAUAAUCUCUGCACCUACGGCUAAGGAGCUUGUAAAGAAGCUUGAGGAAUAUUCACCUUGUCAUGAAAGUGUUGCUUCUAAGCUUUGUUGGGAGAUCGAGCGGAUUGGCUACUCUUCUGAAGACUGAUUACUAAUCAGGAUCCAUAAACAUAUAACUAUUGAAUGUCAAGAGAUUUCUAUAUAGAUCUUACUUAAGGAAGGAAACAUAUUUUUAAAGAUCUUAGAAACUUUUGAUUAUAGAAUCAAAUUUUGUAGUCUAUACAACAUCUGUGACUAAACAAAACUCACACAAGCAGUUUCACUCAUGGUUAAAUGACUAAGAAUCACAUUAAUGACUUACUAUAAUCUUCUAUGGUCAGUGGACCUUAUACAAUCAAACAAUCUGGUUAGAUGUUAGAUUAACUCUUCUUCUUAUUUGUCAGUUUUUCCAUGAUCAUAAUAACUCUGAAUAACUGGAAGAGUUCUCAGUCUCUAGAAUCAUAAGCUUCUGGAUUGCAUUUUCCACAUCAAAGAAAGAGCAUCUUUAAACUGAUCUCGAUUACACUUUAGGCGAUCAUGAGAUUUUGAGAGGCUAUAGGUGAUUUAGUAAAUGUUUGUAAGAGAUUUUUUAACAAAUUUUGGGGGUCUAUAUAUAUAAUAUGUAAAAAAAAUCCAAAAAGUUUGGAAAAUAUAUGCCAAUGCUUCAUUUCCUUAAGGACCGGUCAUGAUUACACAAUAUUUUUUUUGUAGCUUCCCUUACACUCAGAUGAUCAAUGUACUUCUCAUGUAAGAAAUCAGAGAUCAUAGUCCUCUGGCUCGUCAUGUUCCUCUUGGCUGCAACAACUACUCAGUGAGAAGGCUGGUCGGUGAAGCUUACGCCUUGAAAAUUUGUACAAAAAAUCAGCCUGUUGGUUGGUACUAUCUCAAUCUUUGGCGGGUUCUACCUGUAUACUCUUUUGGGCUCUUUAUGUCACCUAAUGAUGAUUUCUUUUAGUUUCUUUAGCUUUUUUUUCUUAAGUUGGUUGUGUGAACUUUGCUUUCUUAUGGGUUUUCUUAUUGCUUGAAACUAAAUAAUAUAUA